GUGCUCUAUCGCGAGUGCUGUCUGGACCCCGGUCCGUCAUAUACUCCGGGCUGUGCAUUCAACAUAAUUUCUCUAUAUUCUCUAGGAAUUUAACAGGUGUUUUUCGUGUUUAUUUAUUCAAUUUCCGACACCGCACUUCAUGUCUUUAUUCUUUUCACGAAAUCUAUAUAAACAGCUUCAGUCAGACUUCUCAAAGUUCUACUUUUUCUUCGAAAUAUUGCUUUGAUAAUUGAUGGUGUUUUGGAUAGUCGUAACAUUCUUCGCUAAUCGUUUACAGUGAUCAUUAAUUGUCGCCAUGUUCUUUCGGACUUGGAACUCAGUUGUGUUAAUACUCAUAGGUCUUGUAUGUCUGCUAGAUGCCACAGAAGAUGGAGGUGAUAUAGAGAAAAGGGGAGCAGGAACUGAAAGAAACUUGGCUCUAAGAACUGGAUCAACUGGUCCAACUACUCCAGCUAACCCAACAUGUAAAGUAUACUCGCUAACCUUGCUUGCACAAGAUUCAUAUUAUUACGCGUGCUGUGAGGGGACAACUAUUACUGGAGAACCGGAAGUAAUAAAUUGGGAUUGUGAUCCACUGCGUAAAACUUACGCGACAUUGAACGAGAGUAAACCCUUCUACUGCGGGGGAAUCACCGGGGAAGCGAACGCAAGAAAAAGAUGUGACGAACGAUGGAAAUGGCUGGCCAGCGAGGAUUGCUUCAAAUGGACAGAAUGUUUCCUUGGAGUAUGCCCAUUUGAAGCCGAGAAUAGAGGAUCGGCCAUGGACGCGACUUUCUGCGGGGAUGGGCAGUGUGACGAGGGCUCUGAAGACCGUGAUAAUUGUCCAACUGAUUGCUGCGAAGUAUACAAUAAAAAAUGUCUAGUUACUAAUAAUACCUGCCCCGACGCCUGCUGUUCAACGCCAUCGUGUUGUGAUGCCAGGUUUGGUAUGCUCAAUACAUCCCAGGUCUGGCUCGUCAUCAUCGUCAGCGUCGUUGGCUCCAUCCUCCUCAUCAACUUCAUCUGUUGUUGCUGCUGCUUCUGCUGCUUCAGGAAGUGUUGCGGUAAUAAAGGAAACAGCCGGAAUGCGGUUGUGUGAUCGUCACCACAAGUUGUGCGCUACGAAUUAAGUCGUUAUUUUAAGAAAUUGAAUGUAUUCGUCCAUAUUUGCAUACAACAGCGAGUUUUAGAUUUGCGCGGUAACGUCUGUGACGCGAUCAUCUCGUCACAUAUAUUGUUAUGUGCCUGCCCAAGGCAACGUUGACAAAUAACCGCGUCACAGGCGUCACAAAUCUAAACAGCCUAUUCCGGAAAAUUCCCCAGAACGCAGGAAGAACGUCGGAACCAAGGACGGCGAGCAGCAUUUAGGUUGGCGUUCUCGGGAAUGUUCCCGGCCUGUAACGUAAAUAGCUACAAGGAGAAUGUAUUUUUUUAAGUCUUACAUGUUUUAAAUCUAUCACUCUAACCCAUAUUCUGAAUAAAUAUAUACUCUUGGAAAAAAGGUGCCGAUGAGAACGUUUUUUCCCCCGUAUUUGGAACAUUUUAAAGUUCCUAAAAUAAGCAACAACAAAAAAACACCGGUACUAAACGGUCCUCUAGAAACCUUUGGGUUCUACAAGGAACCUUUAAGGUUCUUAUGUACAA